AUGAUCGACUGCGGUUCUGUGUUUCGCGAUCGAAAGAAAUCGUGUGAUUCGGACGAGUUUCGGAAACGAUCGGGAUCAUCACGAAGCGACGGCAAACGAUGGGGACGCAAAGAUACGGGAGGCGGCGAGCUGAGAUGCUGUAUACAACCGGAUUUACUGCGCAGUAACGUUGACAAACAUUGGUUUUUCGAAGAUGAACAGGUUCGUGUAAACGGUUCGGUGUUUGCUCGUCGUGAAAACUUCGACAAUCUGCUCUCGAUCAUUCCGUUGUCGAAAUUCAAUGGCAUUCAUAUCAAGACGGACUGUCCAACGGUGGUUGACGCCCCUGUCGCGCUUCUUUGUAGUCUCUUGAAGACGUUGGGCGCACACAAUCAACGUGUGGUCCCAUGUGUGGGAUGCCAUCGUGAUAUGAUUGUCUACGAUCGAUACCCGCUUGUUGACGGUGUUUUCUUUUUGUCACCCGUUUGUCAUUUUGGACCGCCAACGGAGGUGGUUGGUUUACCGGCAAACGAUUUUUCGGCCGGUAAAUGCUGUCCGCCGACAUGCACGGUGUGCCGUAGUCCGCUGUUGGUGCCGGAGAACAUUAUGAUGCAGAUUGUGAAUGUGAGAUAA